AUGAAUGAACCAAAGGAUAUUGGUACCACUGUAGUGGACCAAGUAUCUCCUUAUCAAAGCAAUUCCCAUGAUUCGAGUCACCCUUCAAAAAACGAUUUAUUCAAUGAAAAACCAGAUUUAUCGGCUAAAGGAAUAGCAAAAUAUCUUUCCUCAAGGUUCCCUACAUUAUUUGAUUUACCCUUGUAUCAUACAGAGGAAAAAUGGUACAAAUUAAUCAACCCAAUUCCAGCAUUAAAAGAAAUGACAUGGAUGGAAUGGAAUUUUUACUUGUGUGGUUAUUGUGGUUGGGCAAUAGAUGCAAUGGAUUUCUUUUGUGUUUCGGUGGCAGUUCCAGAGAUUGCCCUUACUUUGGGAGUUAGUGUCACGGAUAUUACUUGGGGUAUGACUUUGGUGUUGAUGUUUAGAUCUAUUGGUGCUGUUAUAUUCGGUAUUGCUUCUGAUAGAUAUGGACGGAAAUGGACGUUUAUUGUUCUUUGUGCAUUGUUUGUUGUUGUCGAAAUCGGUACUGGGUUGGUACAGACAUAUGAACAAUUUCUUGGUGUGCGAGCACUAUUUGGGAUAUUGAUGGGUAGCAUGUUGCCAGUCACAAUGGUCACUGCUUUGGAAGUUCAACCAGUGGUGGCCAGAUCAGUCUUGUCUGGUUUCUUUUUACCUGGUUACUCGUUCGGUUAUAUCUUAGCCAUGGUUUUCUACAGAGCAUUUGCGGGUACUUUUAAAGAAAAUGAAGGUUGGAGAAGUUUAUUUUGGUUUACUGGUGGGUUGAGUGUGUUGUUGGUGGUGUGGAGAUUCUUUCUUCCUGAAUCACCCGUUUUCCUUAAAAUGAAGGCAAAGAAGAAGAGAUUUAAUGAAAAGAAUAAAGUUAAACACAAGUAUAUUGAUACUAGUGUCUUCCAAACCUUGAAAACUGAAUGGCUAUUGUUUAUCUAUCUCGUCUUGUUAUACAGUGGUUGGAAUUUCACCACACACGGAGCUCAAGACUUGUAUGUCACCAUGAUUACCAAUCAAUUUGGAGUUGGUUUGGAUAUGAAGACAGUUAUUGUUGUUGUGAGUAACCUUGGGGGUAUGGUUGGUGGUAUUAUUAUGGGUUCUCUUUCAGAAUUACUUGGUAGAAGGUUGACUGUGAUUAUCUGUAUGAUUUGGUGUUGUGCUUUUGUGUAUCCAUCAUUCUACAAUGCUGACAAGAAUUGGUGGGCCUAUGUGUUAAACGGUGGUGUUAUGGGUGCUUGGGGAAUAGGUCCAAUCUACCUCUUGGAAGUGGUCAACAAAGCCAAUAGAACAUUAUUGGCAGGUUUAGCUUAUCAAUUGGGUAACUUGGUCAGUUCAGCCAGUGCCACAAUCGAAGCACGUCUUGGUGAAGAAUUCCCCCUUGAAGGGUAUGAAAAUGGUGUUUAUGAUUAUGGUAAAGUCAUGUGUAUUUUUGCUGCUGCUGUUUCCAUCUAUAUGAUGAUUUGUAUAUUUAUGGGUCCAGAAAGAUUUCAUGCUAACAUGCAUGUUGAGGAUUCAGAUGAUGAAUUACUUGAAGAAGGAGAACUUGAUAGUGACAAGAAGGAAUCUAUGAAUAAAUAG